CAUCGACCAAUCCAAAGACACCCCGACCUUCUAGAGUUUGCUUGUUUCUGUGCAUAGCAGUUGUCACCAAGAUAGUUGUCACGGAUAGCUUACUAGGUGCUGUCAGCAGCGGGCGGUCUGCAAGCCCGGCACUGCCUCGAUCACGGCCUGAUAAAGCACGAUGUCGUUCAGUCGUCUGCAGCUUGCAGCGGCUUUGAUAGAAUACGAUAAUGACGACAAGACCCCUUACGAACGCAAGGAUGCAAAGCAAUCGGCCAUCUUCAAUACCAAACGACAGACACGACCCACAAAUGCGUAUGCCACAUCUAGCAAUGCCUAUGGGCUGGAAGCCGCAGAUAAUCGACGUCUAUUUUACGGUGGUAACCAGCAGAGCUUUGGUCGGCAGAGCAUGAUGAGCAUGGAAUCCAACUACGACCGUAUGCAAACGGGAGACGGGCGGAGAGAUACCAGGAUGACGGUCGGGUCGAACUUCGGCAAUGACGAGGACAUGGUCGAGGACCUUGAACAAGAGGAACCUCACGGAGAAGUAGACCUAGCUUCUUGGGGUAUACCCGAAGCGUUCUUGGACAAACGGCCUCUGGACAAGAGGGACUCGCGAUCGUUGGGGAGGCUCGCCAGUCCUCGAUCCCCACCCUAUCGCACCCAGUCUGUCCGAGCCAUGUCGAUGGUUGGAACAGAGCCUCUCAAGUACGAAGCGGAAGACCUACGACCUCUUUCGCCAUCGGUGACGAAUGCCAUCUCGUCGAUGCCGACUGUGCCGCCGCACGUCGAUUAUUCUGAUCGUGCUGUCGUGCCUCGUGCACCUGCUCUCAAGGGCGACAAAUCGAAACGGAACCGGACAGUUUCAUUUCACGAAUUCUCUGCAUCCCAAGAAGAUGAGCAUGGCGCCGACCCGGAACCGAUGGAGAUCAUCCGUCCUGGGUCUAGCAUGAGUGUGCUUUCUCGAGGCAGAUAUGAGCAUCCGGCGUUCCCGCCAGCGAGUCCCAUCGGGGCAUCAGGGCGGAUGUCAAGCGCUUCCUCCAGUUAUCCCACCAACGUUCCACUACCUGCUUCUCCAGCAUCUGCCCUGGGGGUACCAGAGUCAAUCCACCUGAACACCCCUGGCGAAGAAAUCGCAAAUCCAUUCUCCCUGCCCGCACCAGCAGGCAGUCGAGUCUCCAGAUUCGAUCCCAAAGUAGCUGCGCAUCAGCGUACUUCCAGCCGAGGCUCAGUAAUGCUAGACAGGCCGGAUAGCCGUGCGACGGGUUAUUUCGGGGCGGAUCCAGGUGUAUCUGACAGCCAGUCCCGUUAUGAUCAGCCUGGCAGUCCUGCAUCACCUCGAGGCUCGCAGAUGCAAUCCCGGAUGCGGUUGCUGCGACCCAAGACCCUUCUCAUGCCGACUCCUCUACAGGGACAGUUGGAUCCGAGCGACUCUACUCCUCAGGAUGGUCUCGACAAACGUGGGUUCAUGGUGGGGCGCAGGCCCCUUCCUCCAGGAUCUGUCCGCCCCAAUUCAUUGCUGGGAUCGCUGCCUUCAUCGAAGAGCGGCAACGUUAGGUUGGCUACGCAACGGAUGUUUGCCGACUCGCUAGCCGUUGGCGGUAGCCGAGGAGAAUACUUUGUCGGAGGAGCCGAGGCGGACGGAGAGGUCGCUUUCCAUCAGCUUGGGGGACAAGCUCCUGAAGAGGAUGAGGAGCAUACUGCCCAGGUAGCCGCUCAGCCUGGCACUGAAGACUGGCGACCGGUCCGUCCUGUCACCGGAUUAAGCCUAAUGGACAAGUUGGAGGAGAAGAAGGCAGCACAGAUGGCCAAGCGCAGGGUUUUCACAGGGGACUCGAGACCCACGAUGAUGUCACGGGAUGAUGGAAGCCAUCGUACGCUGGUGGAUCUAGCCGAUCCAGACACGCCACCGAGCGCGAGCAAACGCAAGACACUACUUGGGGGCGGUGGUGAUCGCAUGGCGAUCGGGUCAUCUACCCGGCCGGGUAAUGACCGCCACCGAUCCGUCUUUGGAGUGGAUCAGGUCUGGCAGCGAGAAAUGGCCAAGAUGCGCAGGGAGGAAGAAGCCGAACGAGCCGCCGAUGAGCAGGUCAAUGGUAAACGCCCGCCGGCGUUGCCUACAGCUGAGGACUUUGAACUCGAUGGAGCGCCUUCCCACUCCUAUGGCGAUGGGCAAGAUGAGGAUUUGCAUAACAUGCCUCUAUUGGACGAAUCCCCGAGAGCAUCAACCCCCUUGCCCGUCCUGCCACCCAUAUCCGGUGCCAAUGACACAUCUGCCCGGCGCGUUCAACCUGUCGACAUCGACGACUGGGGUGCGUCCGAUGACGAGAACCCGAAGCCAACUCGCAGAAACAAGAAGAGACGUAUAUCACAACGCAUGCCAGUUCAGGCACAAAUGGAUGACGCUGAAUCGAGCGACGAGGAUGUUCCCCUUACGAAAGCUUUCAACAUUACGAAACGACCUAUAGCUCGCGAUGACGACCAAUCCUCCUCUGAGGACGAGCCUUUAGCGAAACUAGUGGCAAAGAGCAAGCCACCUAUGCUCCCUACCAUACAAGCAGUAUCUGCUCCCGCAGAUGACGAGGACGAAGAAGACGACGACGUGCCUUUGGCGGUCCGUCGCAUGACCAUGAUGAACCUGCAGUCGGGGUCCGGCAGCAAGCUAGACGAAGACGAUGACGAUAUCCCUCUGGCUCAGAAACACCUCUCUGCAGCUCAGGCACAACAACAACAACAAAGUGCGAUGUUCCCCAAUCAACAGCAACAACAACAGCAACAUCAGCAGAUGAUCUACCAGCAAGCCAUGUUCGCAAACCCGAUGGCGGGAGGAUUCGGUAUGCCGCAAAUGGGAAUGCCUAUGAUGGGCAUGCCAAUGAUGAGCCCGUACAUGGGCAUCAACCCUUCGAUGAUGUCGAUCCCUCAACUUCAACCACCACCAGAUCCCGCUAUUGAUCGAUGGCGACGGGAGGUGGAGGGCAAAGAAGGCAGCGUGAUCGGCAGCGUUCGAAGCGGGAGGACGUAGGGGAGCGGAGGAGGUCUUUGGCCGUUGAAGUAAAAGCUUGCAAGGGCGACCAUCUCUUUCGGAAUUUUCUCAUUCGUUGCUCUUUGAAGCUUGAGUAGACCUUGUACUCGUAUCUAUUACCUAAAUUGCUGUAGCUCAUAUACCUCGUCGACGAUGAAACGGCUAAAUGAAAGGAUCG